UACAUACAUAAGUAUAUACAUAUAUAUAUAUAUACAUACCAAUAAAGCAUACAUUUAGGUUUUUGAAUAGGAUCACAUAAGGGUUAACUAAAUAGAGUGAAAAGUUAAAAAGUGUUUGCAGUGCAACGUUAACUUUAUCACUGUUAAAUUAAGAAUCCAAAAAUAUUAAAGUCAAAUAAUAUAGUAUAAUAUAAUGUUUAAAAAAAAGACAGAAAUUGGCGUUCACAAAUGUAUCGUACGCCUCUUUGAAGACUUCAAUGCUGUUGAGUAUGAGUUUUUGGACACUCACAAAGGAAGUUAUCUAAUGGACCGACUGUGCCAACGGUUGGAGAUAAAGGAAAAGGAUUAUUUUGGGCUGCGUUUUGUGGAUAAUACCAAACAAAGACAAUGGUUGGAUUUAGGAAAACUUAUAAUAAAGCAAUGUAAAGAUAUACAUCAUUUAAUAUUCUCAUUUCGAGUAAAAUUUUAUCCAGCGGAUCCGUUUCAUUUAAGUUUAAAUGUAAGGGUUUUGUUGUAUAAACAAUUGAAGCGUGAUCUUAACCAUGGACGUAUUUAUUGUUCUAGUAAUGAGAUAGUAACUUUGGGAGCUCUAAUUGUACAAGAACAAUUUUCAGACUACGAUGAAAAUAUACACACUGGUGACUACUUAUCAAACCUCCGGCUAUCUGCUCGACAAACAGAUGCAAUUGAAAAAAAAAUUAUUAAGAAGCACAGAGAACGAACACCUGGUCAAGAUCCCAUCAUUGUAAUAAAUGAGUUCUUAAGAAUAACUCGCAAUUUGGAAACAUAUGGUACAGAACCUCAUUAUGUAAAAGAUCAUCAGGGUGUCCAAAUGUAUAUUGGAAUAAAUUUUUCUGGAAUAAGCGCAUUUAUUUCUGGAAAACGUACUCAACAUUUCUUGUGGAACGAUAUACGAAAAUUAAAUUUUGAAGGAAAAAUGUUUAUAGCGCAUAUAGGCUAUAUGGACACAAGUAGAGAAAUUUUUUCAAUUUCUUUUUACGCAUUUGUUAUUGUAGAUCAAUUGACAUUGAAACGGAAGAAGUUCAAUAUUUCUGGUUGCUACAACUCAGAGGCAAGCUUCUCAAAGCAACAAGUAAACAAUUUGUCUGUGGACGGAAACGAUGUUUUUAACAUGUUAAAAACUAUUUCCCCGCAACUAGAAGAAUUGUCUUCAAGAGUUGGUAAUAUGGAAAAGAAGAUGGACAGCUCUUUGAAAGAAAAUAUAAUUCAUAAAAGCGAAGAAAUGGCCCAACAAAAGAUCGUCCACGAAUGUAAGGUGCUAAUUCGAAAAGUUCAUCAAUUAGUAUGCCGACUGACUGGCCAAGAAAUCGACAACACCCAAACAAAAAUUGCUUUCAUCCUACCCUUAACAACACUAUCUGCAGCUUUAAAAAUGGGUGAAAGACUAAAAUCCGAAGAAUUUGCUAAAGCAACGGUAAAGUUUAUUUUAAGGAUGAAAGGCAUUCCCGAAAGGGUGUGUGAUGUGUUGCGGCAUCUGCACACUGAUGAAUUCCUGAUUUUAUGUAAUUGGGACGGUAGGGGAGGCAAACAACCGCUAUCAAAAUCUCUAUUGUCCAACAUAUUAUAUGAUCCUUUCAUCACAUGUGGAUUUGCAAAUUUCGAACAACAAAUUCGGAAGUCCAUCAAAAAGAGCCACCAUAGAUAUAAGCAAAAAAAUAUAGGAAGCGAAAAGCUGAGGAAUCAUAAUAUUAUAAUUAUUUUUUCGAUAUAUAUGUAUAUAUAUAAUAAUUUAUUUAUAUAGAAAUAAUUUUUAAA